AUGGCGUUCUCCUUUUUCGGGGACGAAUCCAAACUCCCAGCAGCCCCCAAAUCGGUCAGCAUCUCCGUCAAGAAGACACCCUCCGGUCGGCAACUAAAUGGGGCAUCGAAUACUUCACCAGGGCCUUCUCGCGCAUCUUCAGACCGGGAGAGGUCCACCGUCACACCACGGACGUCAAGCAACAGUCUCCCUCGACCUACGUCAGGUCAGAAGAGCUUGAAUGGGGCAGGAGGUGCCAAGAAGGUGGCGUCUAGUAGCUUGUUGAAAGGUUCAUCAACCUCUCGGCCAACGUCUGGGUCUGGGACGCCAAAGACAAAACAAGAAGAGAGGGUGCGGUCAACAGCAACUCCCCGUACACCUUCGCAUUCAUCCAGCCCAAGCAGGCUGAAACGAAAGACACCCCAAGCUACCCAAAUUGUCGAAUCUGAAUCUUCCUCUGGUUCAGAAUCUGAAUCGAGCGACGAUGCUCUUGAUCCAAAGCCACGCAACCCCAAAAAGCGUUCUCGGACGUUCAAGAAUGGCUCUGGGUCAGCUACGCCUCUGCUAGGAGAGAAGAAAGUGGGGCGUCGAGUGUUCUGUUGGGACAAGGUCGAUAUGAGGGGUGAAUGGGGGAGGGGAUGGGCGGGCUUUGUAAGGUCCGACGAGGUAGUAGGGGGUCAGGUCGAAGGAUGGGCGGGGGGAGGAGGUGGGGAGGCCACUAGCAAGAUUGUCAAGUAUACUCCUUUCUUUCCUCAAACUGGCUUCGAUAUGGAGGAUGGUGUGUGGCCCUCUGUGGAGAUUCUUUACCCUGCAAAGGGGUGCAAAGAAACAUUUCAACUCAUACAUCCAGUGUCCAACAGCGAGUUUGCUCCCAUGGCAGAGCUCAAAAGGACGCUGAGCUUCAUCCUCGAACACUACAUCCCACCCUCCCAUCGCCACAUGUUUGGCACACUCAAAGACUCCCUCGACCUUUCCGUUCGCCUGUCUGCUGUACCAUCACGUGUGUCAUCGCCUCUCCCUCCAUCACUUGUCACUCCGCCACCCGAUGUGCCCUCUCCCUCUGGCAUCGCACCGGCCCCAGAAUCCCUCGCUCCUCCCCUGGCAGAAAGGACGGAGAAUAUCGGCGACCUGCUGCGUAUCUCGCUCGCGCCCAAUCGUUUGGAUGGACCUCUAUUCCGACUCGCCAUCAGCCGGUACAACGCUGCCAUGCAGGCUAUCCAAUCUGACGGUACUCUUCGGAAUUGGCUCUCUUCUGGUCUUCGGGGUGGAAGGGAGCUGAAGUUGGAUGACUGGAAGGAGCUCGUAGCUCAUGUACAUGACACGGCUUACCAACGGGUGGUCGGACCGUAUACACACGAGCUGGCGCAUCCGGGAAGACAUCCAGAGGAUGUAGCAAAGGCCCUGAGGGAGAAGGAGGAUUCGUAUGGCGAAUUGAAAUCUGCCUUCAUGAGCCGGAUCCUGGAGCAAACCAAGCUUGGGCCGGACUCUGUCUUUGUCGAUUUGGGAAGUGGAGUCGGAAACUGUGUGCUUCAAGCGUCCCUCCAAGCCGGUUGCAGAUCCUACGGCUUUGAGCUCCUCCCCACACCCGCCCACUGUGCGCGCAUGCAGCUCAAGGAAGUGCAGAGGCGAUGGGCUAUGUGGGCACUGGAAGGUAACCUGGGGGUUGAGGUUGGGGAAGGCGAUUUCACCGAUAUGGGUGAGGUGGGCAAGUGUUUGAGAGACGCCGACGUUGUGCUGGUGAAUAACGAAGUCUUCCCGUCCAGUCUCAACCAGACACUUUGCGACAUGUUCUUAGACCUCAAAGAUGGUGCUAUAAUUGUCAGUCUGAAACCGUUUGUCGAAAAGGGUUUCCGAAUCAACUCGAGCAACUGCGAUCGGUUUGCAGCCUGUCUCCGCUCGACGCAACACGAGUAUUGGGCUGAUUGGGUAUCGUGGAAGGGCGAUGGAGGGUACUACUAUAUUGCUGUCAAGGACCCUUCCGAAAGGGCCAAGUUUGUCGAGAGUAUGAGCAAGGGAAGGCGAGGUUGA